AUGGCCAAAACCAUGCCGAAAUUCAAGGGAAAACUGGUGAUGGGUGCGAAUGGGCGCACCAACCCUUUGGUGUGGCUUGUAGCCAUUAUCUGCACCGUCAUAGCAGUAGCAGUGGUACUUGUAGGCGUUGCAGUGUUCAUUGGGUACAUGGUGAUCCACCCUAGAGUGCCUGUGAUCAGUGUCACUAAUGCUCACCUUGACCUUUUCAGAAAUGACUAUGCUGGUUUGCUCCAGACCCAACUCACUAUUAUUGUGACUGCAAAGAAUGGGAAUGCCAAGGCUCAUGCAACCUUCUCUGGCAUCACCUUCAACAUCAGCUACCAAGGGCAGGACAUAGCUGUGCUUGUUGCAGACCCUUUUGAGGUUCCAAAGAACAGCUCAAAGGACCUCAGCUAUGUUGUUCAGUCAUCAUCCAUACCAUUGAGUCCUGAUCAAAUGGAGGAAGUGGGUAAUGCGUGGAAAAAGAAUGAGGUUGAGUUUGAUUUCAAAGGGGCUGCAAGGACUCAGUGGAGGGUAGGACCUUUAGGGUCGCUCAAGUUCUUGUGCCAUCUAGAUUGUGACCUCAAGUUCCAACCCUUCAAUGGGACUUACAUACCCUCCCGCUGCACCUCCAAAUCACAUUGA